CAACUUUCGCAAAGCAUUGUGGGAUCCGAUGCCGGUGGAAAGCUUCUCGAAGGACCUGCAAAGAUGAUGCCCACACCGGUUAUCCUGCUGAAGGAGGGGACGGACACGUCUCAGGGCAUUCCCCAGCUCAUCAGUAACAUCAAUGCCUGCCAGGUGAUUGCUGAGGCUGUCAGGACCACCCUGGGGCCCAGGGGGAUGGACAAACUGAUGGUGGACAACAGAGGUAAGGCCACCAUCUCCAAUGAUGGAGCCACCAUCCUGAAACUGCUGGAUGUGGUUCACCCUGCAGCCAAGACUCUGGUGGACAUCGCUCGCUCCCAGGAUGCUGAGGUUGGGGACGGCACCACCUCUGUCACCCUCCUGGCUGCGGAGUUCCUGAAGCAGCUGAAGCCGUAUGUGGAGGAGGGUCUCCACCCUCAGACCAUCAUCAGAGCCUUCCGCACCGCCACCAAUCUCGCCGUCAACAAGAUCAAGGAGAUCUCCGUCUCUGUGAAGAAAGACGACAAGCAAGAGCAGAGGCAGCUGUUGGAGAAAUGCGCGGCCACAGCCCUGAACUCCAAGCUGAUUGCUGGUCAGAAGGAUUUCUUCUCCAAAAUGGUAGUGGAUGCAGUCAUGUCUCUGGAUGAGCUCAUGUCUCUGAAGAUGAUCGGGAUCAAGAAGGUCCAGGGAGGAGCUCUGGAGGACUCUCAGUUGAUCUCUGGCGUUGCGUUCAAGAAGACCUUCUCUUACGCUGGGUUUGAAAUGCAGCCCAAACGCUACGAAAAUCCAAAGAUCGCUUUGCUCAACGUGGAGCUGGAGCUGAAGGCUGAGAAGGAUAACGCGGAAGUCCGAGUGAAAUCUGUCGAGGACUACCAGGCCAUCGUGGAUGCAGAGUGGAACAUCUUAUAUGACAAGCUGGAGAAGAUCUAUCAGUCGGGAGCCAAGGUGGUUCUGUCAAAGUUACCCAUCGGUGACGUGGCCACCCAGUACUUUGCUGACAGAGACCUGUUCUGUGCUGGGCGGGUUCAGGAGGAAGACCUGAAGAGGACCAUGAUGGCCUGCGGAGGCUCCAUCCAGACGUCUGUAGGAGCAAUGACAGACGACGUGCUGGGACAGUGUGAACUAUUUGAAGAGGUCCAGGUUGGAGGAGAGAGGUACAACUUCUUUAAAGGCUGCCCGAAGGCGAAGACAUGCACCAUCAUCCUGAGGGGAGGGGCUGAACAGUUCACAGAGGAGACGGAGCGGUCGCUGCACGAUGCCAUCAUGAUCGUACGCAGAGCCAUCAAGAAUGACUCCAUUGUAGCGGGUGGAGGAGCCAUAGAGAUGGAGCUGUCUAAGUACCUGCGGGACUACUCGAGGACCAUCCCCGGGAAACAGCAGCUCCUGAUUGGAGCGUACGCCAAGGCCCUGGAGGUCAUCCCCAGACAGCUGUGCGACAACGCCGGCUUUGAUGCCACCAACAUCCUGAACAAACUGCGUGCAAAACACGCACAGGGCGGCAUGUGGUACGGCGUGGACAUCAACAACGAAGACAUCGCAGACAACUUUGUCGCCUGUGUGUGGGAGCCGUCCAUAGUGCGAAUCAACGCCCUGACGGCGGCAUCGGAAGCAGCUUGUCUCAUCCUGUCAGUCGACGAGACCAUCAAGAACCCCCGCAGCUCUGUGGAUGCACCUCCAGGUGGCGUUGGCAGGGGCAGAGGCCGUGGCAGACCCCACGCUCACUAGUAACGUGAAAUUACAACCCCCCCCCCCCCCUUUUUUUUUUUAAACUGGCACCAAAUCCAAAUGCCAGAAGAAUGCGUCUCCAGUAAUAAGUGAGGUUACAUGUAAAAGUAGCUGCAGACAAAGAUUUGAAUUUUGGAUAAAAUGAGGUGUCAGACACAUGGCAAAUGACAAGUAUAGUUAAACAGAAGGAGGGAGAAGAGUGGCUGCCUGGUAUUUGUUUUGUUUUUUGUUUUUUCACCUGUAAGUUUUCUUACUGAAGCGUUCACACUGCAACAUCUGUUAAACAUUUCAAGCACUGCAUCUUUUCACCCUUUAAUUUUUUAUUAUUAAUGGAGAAAUGAUGAACUACAAGCAGCAUGUCAGCAGUCCCGCCUUAGAAACACACUUCUGAAGGAGUCGUUCCGUCACUCUUCAUUUGGUUUUGCGUUACGUGGCAAACUGCUGUGUAACGUGGGAAGCAAAGCACUGAUGGGAUGUCGAGCAGUUCUGAACCAUUUUGUUAGUCCCGCUGUGUGAAACUAUUUAUUGAAACAUUCUCAUCAAUAAAGUCACAGCUGAAAUCGGA